CCUAAACGAGUUUUUCUUUUGGGAGCCGGGGACAUUUUCCUAGUAUUCAUUCAGUUCGUAGAGCAGCUUGUAACUAUGCCAGAAGCUCCUAAGAACAUACCGGAGUAUGAUUGUUGCGGUGGUAGCGUUAAAAUCUAUGAUAAGAAUAGGAAGGCAUUACAAUUCAUUGAAGAAGUUACGAGUAAUGCCGAUGAAGUUCAGAAGCAGGUUCUUUCUGAGAUACUUUCUCGCAGCGCGAACGUUGAGUACUUGCAGCGUUAUGGCCUAGACGGGCGUACAGACCGAGAGACUUUCAAGAAAGUCGUGCCGGUUGUCACGUAUGAAGAUUUAAAGCCAGAUAUUGACCGUAUAGCCAAUGGAGAUAGUUCUCCAAUUCUUUGUUCAAAACCCAUAUCUGAGUUCUUGACUAGCUCUGGAACAUCUGAUGGGGAGAGGAAGUUGAUGCCGACAAUUGAAGAGGAGCUGCAGAGAAGGUCGUUGCUUUACAGCCUUCUGAUGCCUGUGAUGAAUCAAUUUGUUCCAGGUUUGGAUAAAGGCAAAGGAAUGUACUUUUUGUUCAUAAAAUCAGAAGCCAAGACCCCAGGAGGACUUGUUGCACGUCCAGUCUUAACCAGUUACUACAAAAGCUCACAUUUUACGGAUCGACCACAUGAUGAUCCUUACACCAACUAUACUAGCCCAAACGAGACCAUUCUUUGCCCAGAACCUUAUCAAAGCAUGUACUCUCAGUUGCUUUGUGGGCUCUACCAAAAUACCAAAGUUAUUCGUGUUGGGGCCGUAUUUGCUUCCGGCUUCAUUCGUGCCAUCAAGUUCCUUGAAAAGCAUUGGCAUCUUUUGUGCAAUGAUAUCAGAACUGGUACCAUAGACCCCAUAGUUACGGACCCAACAGUGAGAGAGGCAGUCAUGAAAUUUCUUGAACCAAACCCCAAGCUAGCUGAUUUUGUAGAAGCCGAAUGUGGGAAAGAUUCAUGGAGGGGAAUCAUAAUUAGGUUGUGGCCUAACACCAAGUAUAUCGAUGUUAUUGUGACUGGAACGAUGUCUCAGUACAUUCCUACUUUGGAUUAUUAUAGCAAUGGUCUCCCUCUUGUUUGCACCAUGUAUGCUUCUUCCGAGUGUUACUUUGGCCUUAAUUUGAAUCCUCUGAGUGAGCCUAGUGAAGUCUCGUACACCCUCAUUCCCACCAUGUGCUAUUAUGAGUUCUUGCCAGUUAACAGGAAGCAUGGAUUCACAGGCUCCUUUUCUAAACCUGUCUCCCUUGAAGAGAAGGAAAACCAAGACUUGGUUGAUCUGGUUGAUGUUCAGCUAGGGCAAGAAUAUGAGCUUGUUGUAACCACUUAUGCAGGUCUUUACCGUUACCGUGUUGGAGACAUACUUCGAGUGGCCGGAUUCAAAAACAAGGCUCCUCAAUUCAACUUCGUAUGCAGAAAGAAUGUUGUUCUCAGCAUUGACUCGGACAAAACCGACGAAGUUGAACUCCAAAAUGCAGUGAAGAAUGCUGCUAACCAUCUUAUGUCAUUUGAUGCAACACUGAAUGAAUAUACAAGCUACGCAGAUACUUCAACCAUCCCGGGGCACUAUGUCUUGUACUGGGAGAUUAGCCUCAGCGGGGAAACCUCAAUUCCUCCUUCAAUUUUUGAGGAUUGUUGCCUCACUGUUGAAGAAUCACUCAACAGUGUGUACCGCCAAGGAAGGGUUCAAGAUAAGUCCAUUGGCCCUUUAGAGAUAAAGAUAGUGGAGAGUGGCACAUUUGACAAGCUUAUGGACUAUGCGCUCAGCCAGGGUGCUUCAAUAAACCAGUACAAAGCACCCCGCUGCGUGAAAUACGCUCCCAUUAUCAAGCUCUUGAACUUGAGGGUGGUUGCAAAUUAUUUCAGUCCAAAAUGCCCGAAAUGGGUUCCGGGUCAUAAGCAGUGGUGCACUUAAGAACUGAAGAAACAAGUUUGGGGACCCAUGUCAUCAUCAUGCAUCUAGCAAUUCAGAAUUGGUGGACCUAGAUCAACUUCAAUAAGAAAUGCAUGUCUUCAUGUGACUAUUAAGAGAGUAGCUUAAUUUAACCAUUUUAGUUUCUUGGUUACGUUGUCUUUAUUCUCUGCAAAAAAAAAAAAAAAAA